AUGGAAGACUUCAUCUGGACUCACAUUUGUUGCCGAUUCGGUAUCCCCUAUGCGAUCGUCACCGAUAAUGGCAGGCAGUUUGAUUCGGAAGUCUUCAGACAGUUCUGCACUCGCCUAAAGAUCAAUCUAUUCUUCGCCUCCCCAGCUCACCCACAGUCGAACGGUCAAGUCAAAGCAAUAAACAAAAUCAUCAAGAAGCUACUGAAACGACAACUUGACAAAGCCAAAGGAGCUUGGCCGGAGAAGCUUCCAGAAGCAUUAUGGGCCGUUCGGACAUCAUAUCGAACGGCUAUCGGGGAAACACCUUUUUCUCUCGCUUUCGGAUCGGAAGCAGUAGUCCCCGUAGAAAUUAGCGAGCCCUCUUACCGAAUGGAAACCUUUGCUCCAAAGGCUAAUGAGGAAGCCCUCACAUUGAGCCUCGACCUGAUCGAAGAACGCCGAACAUAA